AGCUUUAGUAUUAUCACUGAACAAUGUGAGGUAAAUGUUAAAACACUUGUUGAUCUCUCAAACAACAGGUUUCACAGUGAAGAAUGGAAGAUUCCUUCAUUAACAUCACCUCACAGAACAGAAGCUACAAUUACAGUGACUAUGAAGAUGACUAUGAUUACAUUGACAUCACCUCACAGAACAGAAGCUACGAUGACAGUGACUAUGAAGAUGACUAUAAUGAAAAAGUUAUAUUCAUCAUGGAUGUGGUGACAUGCAUUAUCAUUGGUAUCGGCCUUCCUUUGACCCUCCUGGCCAUCCAUGGAGUUUGUUCUCUGGUCAGAAACGAUCACACGGCGCCAAUCUUCAUCAUCAACCUUCUCAUUUCUGACUUCCUUCAACUCUGCUGCAUGAUCGUUGAAGUGGUACAACCUGAAGAUUUGAUCAUCACAGAAAUCUUCCUUUUUAUUUACAUUUUUGGUCUGAUGGCGAGUGUUGGCUUCAUGGUGUGUGUCGCCCUGGAAAGGUAUCUGGUCAUCGCCUGGCCGCUGUGCUACCACUUCAGACGAACCAUCAAGGCCUCUGUAGUGGUCUGUGUCGUGGUCUGGACCCUUCCUCUUUUGAUUUUUCUCCCUAUGGUUUUCUUGGUUGAUUUAGUCGACAUGCUAAUCCCCUUUGCAGUCUUCUUCCUCCUUCCCUUCCCUCUGUUCAUAUUCUUCCUGGGUGGGACCGUUAAAGCCCUGUCUGCAGCCAUUAGUGUCCCUCUCAAUGAAAAACGUAGAAUUGUGGCAGUUUUGAUUCUGGUUCUACUUAUUUACACACUGUUGUUCCUGCCCUCCAUCAUUUGGUUCCUUGUAGAAGAAGUCCAAUGUAAUGAUGCCCUCGAUGUUGUGUCUUUCAUGUUUGUAAGGUUCAGUCCUCUUGCAGACGUGUUCCUGUAUGUUUUCAGUAGGAAAGGAGCUGUAGACAAGCUGUUGGCCUCUCUGUGUCGUUGCAGGAUGGACAGUGAUGAUAGCAACAGACCAACAGCAUGAAUGAUGACAACUUAUACACAUUCGCUCCAUGUAGUCAGAGAAAGAGAGAAAAACAGAAGAAGAAAUGUAGGAAAUAGAGACAAGACAGAUACUGUCGUCUUCUCACAUGAUUUCCUACAACACAUCUAACUGUAGGUUCACUUGCUGCGGUGCACUGUGAAAGCUUCAAGACAUGUACAUAAAAUGUUCUAUAAAAAGUUCAUGUAUAUCAUUAUUACGCUUUAAUCACAAAA